UAGGUGCUAAGAAAAAAAUUGUUAUGGCUAAAAGGGUUCUAGGUUUUGUCAAAUGAAAGUCAGAUUUGACUUCGUAGCAGGUUAGGAGAAUUAGGUUACGGUUAAGAAAGGAGUUAGGGUAAACUAAAAUUCACAACAAAAAAAAUCGACUUUUGACGUUCAUUUGACAAAAGCUGCACCCUUCUUGCCACAACCAAAGAAAAGAUUCUCAAACAAAAUCACGUCUGCGCAUGUACGUUUAUCAGUUCUCUUCGCGCGCGCGAAAUUGAGGCCGUUCGAUCAUCUUGGUAGCGACGUUUCCUUGUUAUUCUUUGGGUCCAUGUUGACAAUUUAGUUUGCAUGCUAGAGAGAGAACUUGCAUGCUUUUUUGUUGUUGUCGUCAACUCUUGUAUUUCAUAGCGGUCCGGUAAAGCGUUUGAACCAUUUCGUUAGUUCUGUUGUCAUAACUUGCAGUUUGCCAACAACUAACACAGGUCACGCAUUUAUUUAUACACCUCGAGCAAUGAAGCUUCAGUGCGACGUCGAAGUCGUGAGCCAGAUGCUUCCCACGUAUGGGAUGAAAAACAGAGGAAAGGGAGCAAGGGCUGUGCUGUCUAUUGGGAGACAUGUGGACAAGACCACACAACACCACAACAUUUAUCUAAUGAUCUGUACAGCAAAGGAUAGGACAGGCUCAAAAUAUAAGCUAAAAGAAAACAUUGAAACAUUCUUCACCAGGUUUGUUGAGGAGGGCAAAGCCACUGUGAGACUGAAGGAGCCCGCUGUUGACAUCUGCUUGAGCAAGGCUGAUGCUAACAGCUUGAAGAACUUCCUCUCGGCUGCUCGGUUGGCUCACAGAGGAAAUGACACGGACAGCCUGCCGCUCUCUACACUGACACCCGUCCGAGCCAGGGAUGUGGAGAAGCCCAAGAAGAAGCUGACUAUUGUAUCCAAGAAGGACUAUCCAUUGACCUCCAAUUUUCCCUACUCAUUAGAGCAGCUCCAGGUGUCCUACUGCAAGCUCUCACGGGUAGACAUGCGAAUGCUCUCCCUCAAGGCACUGCGCAGACUGGACCUCAGUAAUAACAACAUUAAAAAACUUCCUGACACUAUCGGCGACUUGGGCUGCCUGGCUGAGCUUAUUCUCCACAACAACCACUUAGAGACCUUUAGUGAAGCCCUCUGUCUGUCCAGCCUCCAGCGCACACUUCAACACCUCGACCUGAGUCAGAACCGCCUGCAGACCCUGCCGCCUCAUUUCUGCCAGCUGCGAGAGCUGAUCAACCUCAAGAUGGACAACAACGGACUGGUGUGGCUGCCCUUUCGCAUCAGCCAUCUCUCCAAGCUGCGCUUUUUGUCUGCUGCACACAACCAACUGGCCCUGCUGCCAGGGGACUUCCGAAAGUUAACUCUGGAGAACCUGGACCUGUUUGGUAAUCCGUUCGCCCAUCCCAACCCGCUGGACCAUACCAUCCAGCUCACCUUCCCCCUGACUCUGCAGGAGAUGGCCGCCAGGGCUGUGGCCAACCUCAGAAUCCCUUACGGGCCUCAUCUCAUCCCUGCCCACCUUUGUCAAGACCUGGAGGUUGCCAAGACCUGUGACUGUGGCUGUACCUGUGUGAACUACUACAUCAAAACAGCAGUCAGCAUGAAUCUGCAUCUGGUCUCUCACACUGUGGUUUUGGUAGAUGACAUGGGAGGAACAGAUGCCCCAGUGCAGCGUCACUUUUGCUCCCUAUCAUGUUACUCUGAGUUCCUAGACCAAUGCCUUCAGCGAGGCCUGAGAUGAUUUAAGUCCCUCAACUGUUCCACGGCAAUCAGUACAGUAGCUAGGUUUCCAUCCAUAUUCUGAAAUCUGCAUAAAAAAAUAUGUUCAUUUUCCCACCAGAUAUGUUUCCAUUAAAUUUACUUUUUGCGGAUAAAUGCUGUGUGAUGACGUAGUGCACAUGAACAUAACUUUUAUUGUUAAAUUCCCAUGUACCGAAUGUGAAAAUACAAGUUAAGGGGGUUUCCAUCGUAUUGUCAACUCUACUGAUGGGUUUUGUCACAACUGUUGCGUUAUACAGCAAAUGUACCCACUCUGGUCUUGACACGUGCUCUCUAGCCAACAGCUGGCAGAUACAGUCCAGGUAGGCUACCUACAUGAUGAGAUUUUAUUAUAGAGCACAGUGAUAUUAUUUGUCAAAUGGCAGCCAGGCAUCGAUCAUCAUGUCACCAGAAUAAGACCCUCAAUUCUUCAAGCUCAUCACCGUGCUCUUUCACCACCCUGUGAAGUUCAUCUGUAGCUUAAUAAAACUGCAUGGUUUCUCGGGUUGUAGUGGGAGGACCACACAAAAUAUCAUCACGUGACUCCCGAGUUUACUUCGAUGUGAUGGUUAUUAUAUCAAUAUUUGCACAUAAAGGCGUUUCCACCGUCAUUUCUCGCAUAAUUAAUUUUAGACACAAAAAGAUCCCACCAUGUCAAACAAACAAAUAAUCUGUUGGUAUUUAUAAAAUUGUAACUGCAUUUCCUGUUUCCAUCAGCCCAGUUGUAACUUUUUUCAUGCGUUAGAUAAUUAAUCUGCAUGAAAUGGUCGAAUGGAAACGUGGUUAAUGCUUUUGGUAUUAUUCUGAAGGCAAUGGUGACCAGCCAGUGUAGACUGUAAUGUAAAGGGCAGUAUGAACUCGUUGUACAUUGGACCCAACACGCAUCUCAGAACUGCUUAUGUGACCACUGAUUGGACAUAUGCUGACGUUCAGACAUUUUGUCUUCAAGUGUGUUUCCCAAUCAGUGUUACAGAUUGAGAAACCUAAAAUGACAAGUAGUAGUUUAUAUCUGUUUAAGCAAGGUGUGUUUGUGUAUAUGAAACAUUUUUAUAUGUUUGUGGAAUUCAAAAAAUGUAUUUAUUUUUACUGUAUUGGUACAAGUUUGAAAGGAAAUUAAAGAAACUAUCCAUAUCUA